GCAGCCUCACCCGGAAUGAAAACAAACGGUGGCCCCCGCCGCAUCCGGGCACUCGGUGAGUCGCGACGGGAGUGGAGGGGAGCUCUAAUGGCGCAAAAGGAAUAUCUCCAAGCAAAAUUGACCCAGUUUUUAAGGGAAGACAGAAUUCAACUUUGGAAACCUCCAUAUACAGAUGAAAAUAAAGAAGUUGGUUUGGCGUUGAAGGAUCUUGCUAAGAAGUACUCUGACAAGCUAGAAUGUUGUGAAAAUGAAGUAGAAAAGAUAAUGGAAGAAAUACGUUGCAAAGCAAUCGAGCGUGGCACAGGAAAUGAACAUUAUAAAACGACAGGAAUUGCUACAAUUGAGGUAUUUUUACCUCCACGAGUAAGAAAAGAUAGAAAAAACCGGUUGGAGACCCGAUUGCACAUCACUGGCAGGGAACUGAGGUCUAAAAUAGCUGAAACCUUUGGAUUUCAAGAAAGUUAUAUCAAAAUUGUCAUAAAUAAGAAACAACUUCAACUAGGGAGAACACUUGAGGAACAAGGAGUGACACACAAUGUCAAAGCUAUGGUGCUCGAACUAAAACAGUCUGAAGAGGAUACAAGAAAAAAUGUCCAGGUUGAAGAAGACGAGCAAAAUGAAGCCAAACUAAAAGAAAAAAGAAUUCAGAGGACUAAGAGAGGACUGGAGAUCCUGGCAGAGAGAGCUGAGAUGGUGGUGGAUCCAGAAACUACCCCAUACUUAGACAUAGCUAACCAGACGGGCAGGUCCAUCAGAAUGCCUCCAUCUGAAAGAAAAGCCCUUGUGUUAGCUAUGGGAUAUCAUGAGAAGGGCAGAGCUUUCCUGAAAAGAAAAGAAUAUGGAAUAGCCUUGCCAUGUUUGUUGGACGCUGACAGAUAUUUCUGUGAGUGUUGCCCAGAACUACUGGAUACGGUAGAUAACUAUGCAGUGCUCCAGCUGGAUAUAGUGUGGUGUUACUUCCGCUUGGGACAACUGGAAUGCCUUGAUGAUGCAGAAAAAAAAUUAAACUUGGCCCAGAAAUGCUUUAAAAAUUGUUAUGGAGAAAAUCAUCAGAGACUGGUCCACAUAAAAGGAAAUUGUGGAAAAGAGAAGAUACUGUUUUUAAGACUUUACUUGCUUCAGGGUAUCCGAAAUUAUCUCAGUGGGAAUGGUGAAGUGGCUUGUGACUAUCUCAGUAAGGCACAUCAACUCUUUAAAGAGCUAUAUAUCGAUCCAACAAAAGUUGACAAUUUGUUGCAGUUGGGAUUUACUGCCCAGGAAGCCCGGCUUGGCCUGAGGGCAUGUGACGGGAAUGUGGAUCACGCAGCCGCCCACAUUACCAACCGCAGAGAGGAAUUGGCCCAAAUAAGGAAAGAGGAAAAAGAGAAGAAAAGACGCCGCCUAGAAAACAUAAACUCUUUGAAAGGAAUGGGCUACUCCACCCAUGCAGCCAGGCAGGCUCUCCAUCAGGCCAGCGGGAACCUGGACGAAGCGCUGAAGAUUCUUGUCAGUAAUCCUCAGAUGUGGUGGUUAAAUGAUUCGGAUCCUCAAACCAACAACUGUCAAGAAAGUCCUUCCCAGGAAAGUAUCAACCAACUGGUGUACAUGGGCUUUGAAGCGGUAGCGGCCGAAGCUGCCCUGAGGGUGUUCAGGGGAAACGUCCAGCUGGCAGCUCAGACCCUUGCCCACAAUGGAGGAAGUCUUCCUCCCGACCUCCAGUUUUCGGCGGAAGAUUCUUCAUCAACGCCGUCCACGUCCCCUUCCGAUUCUGCAGCUGCCUCUAGUGCCUCAACAGAUGAAGAUAUGGAGACAGAGGCCGUCAAUGAAAUAUUGGAAGAUAUUCCAGAACAUGAAGAAGAUUAUCUUGACUCAACUCUGGAAGACGAAGAAAUUCUUAUUGCAGAGUACUUAUGCUAUGUAGAAAAUAUAAAGUCAGCAACCAAGAAAAACUAAAUAAUGAACAGAAAGAAGUACUAAGUUUCUGCUUAUAAAUCCUAUCAUUAUGAAAAGCCUAAUGCAGAUCUUCUUUCUUUCUUCCUUUUCACCUGAUUUUGCCCCAGUGCUGCUUGGGGCGGGCAGGGAACGGAGAUGGACGAGGUCCUGAGAGGAGACGUGGGGUGGGAGCAGUGCUGGUCUCUAGGGGCCAUCUGGGGGAAGGAGCCUUCUCUGGCCUGCUCUUGCUGCUUCCUGGCUGCCUUCAGAUUCUGCGGCCCUAACUGUGCCCUCCCUGCUUGGAUUUUCCACCCAGAAACGGGAAGGGCAGUUAGGUCUGAAAAUAGGGUGGCCACUGGGGAAUGUCUCCAGGAAGAGAAUGGAGAGGGAAGGCUCCCAAUCUGGGUCCCCCUCUUUAUCUUGCCCAGCUCUCCUGCCCCCCUGAGCCCACUGCUGAUCGUUUCCUUCUUUCCAUGAUGCAGCUCUGCCUUCCUGCUUCACCUCUCUGCCCUGUCCCUGAAAUGUCCUUUAAGUCUUCAGCCAUUCCAAGCGUUCAGUGGGCCUCCCAGUGAGGCAUCGGCUACAGCAGCCAUACCAGAUGGCGGCAGGCGCCUUCAGCCUGAAACAUCAGUGUUUUAUGCUCUUAGUUUAGUGAAAUGUGCACUCGAAAUUCAGAAUUUAUAUGUGCUCAGAAUUCUUCUUUACAAAAAUAAAAUCUUUUAUUAAAUGGGAAAGUUAAAUGCUAACCAAAGCAACUUAUUUUUAAUUAGCAUUUUCAGACGCUAUGCUGUCAUAUUAAACUCACUGCUGGCUAAGAUAACUAUCAGAGAUUAAGAUAUAUUUUCUCCAGAUUUUUGUGGGGCUUUUUUGGUAUAUCUGUAUUACAGAAGACUAUUUCUAAAGGUAUGUAGUUAGCCUCUUAAUGGCUCAAAUAACGGUUCUCAUCGCACCACGCAUUCCUCUGUAGAUGUGCAUUAAAUGAACACCCAUUCCAGACCAGGACACAGCUGGCAGCAGCCAGGUGCUGAAUGAGUCAAGUGCCAGAUGUUCCUGACACUUGCUGCCUUUCCAGGAGUCGCUGGAAGCUCCUGUGACUGAGGGAGGUGGUCACGUUGUUGCUGUCGAGGGGCUGGCUGAAAGCCGUCGACGUCCUCACUAAUCGUUUUCGUAAAGCUUGGACAGCAGUCCAGGGUGAAUGGGUGGAAAUCUUUUGUUGUCAUUCUUUUAAGAUGGAUGAUACAGACAGAAAUAAACGGUGGAAAAUAUA